AUGCAGCUUAGGGUUUUUGGAAGUGUAAUUGGCUCAAAAGAGAAAGCUCUCCGAAAUGCUUUUCAUGCUCAGAAGCAAGUUUGUCCUGUUCGAUGCUAUCUUUUGGAAAGUUUGGAAGCAGAUAUACUCUCUCCAUCUUCAUUGCAAAAGCAAAACUCCGAGGCUCCUUUUGAUGUUGAUUCUAAAAUGAAGAUUGAUGCUACUGCUGCUGUUGAGAUUGGGUUUGCCGGUAGAACAUCAACAGAUGGAGGGUUUGCUGCCAUAGCAUCCAUAGGUAGAGACUUUGCAAGCGUUACAUCCACAGGUAGUGGAUUUGGUGGAUUUGCCGGUACUGCUCACUAUUUCUCCAUCUGAUUUCAAAUCCUGGAGCAACUGAAGGCAAUGAUCUAGAUUGCUUCAUAUUUGAACUGGACGUGAGUAUAACAAAAACAACCUUCCGUACACUAUCAUUAAGAGCAUGCUGCUUGGGUGACGCCAAUACAUUUCUGGUAUCAACACUUCUAAUGGGUUCCUUCAAUUUCUUAUUUUUUUAGCAUCUUAGUAAUCCUGCCACUUAAAUCUAAAUCAAGAGAGAAUAAUGGUGAAGCAUCAGUCUUCUGCUGGGUGUUCUCGCAGGUGUUAGCAGGGGCAGAAUGAGUAGGAACCAAAUCAUGGCCUUUUCAUCAAAUCCUCGCUGGAGCAGCUAAGUAGUCUGGUUACAUU